CACUAGUGAAGUUGCACGCCUCGCUCAGGGCUGUCUAGUCUUUGCUUUUUAUACAGAGCCAGGAUCUGUCCGGAACUGCCAAAAAAGGUUGCUUGACUUCUACAGCUAUGAAGAUGCGGAAUACGAGGAAAGCGUAGAAGCUAGUCCGAGGAGUAGAUUGGAGAACAACGAC